CAACCUUCAAGCCACAACAACCAUUAUCAAGGUGCUGACAAUCCACUGGACCUUGCUUAUGUGACCAAUUUAAAGAGGAGCUUGGGACCUUGUUGUCACUGAGAAUGGCUGCAGUUCACUUUGGGGGAGCUCUGGUUCCUACUUUGAGCAUGGCUUCCUGGUUCUGGAGACGAAGAUGUGUGCUGUUCAAUCUCCAGGAAAAGCUUGUCAUGCUGGCUUCCUGAUAUAAACUCAGCUGUUCUCAUUAUUGGAGGAGCUUGGGACCUCGCUGUCACUGAAGAUGGCUGUGGUACUUUUCAGGGGAGCCCUGGUCCUUAUUUUGAGCAUUGCUUCCUGGCUCCAGUGCAGAACCUUCAACCUGCGGGCACAGACUUUCUAGCUUCCACCACUGACCUUGGGGCCUUCCUAGCACAGAUCCAUGAAACAGACUCGCAUGGGCUCUAGACCUCCAGUUGGACUCCUUGGAGGCAUUGUCACGGGCUCUAAGUCUUCAGCUGAACUCUUGCAAGGCAUUGCCACGGGAUCCAGGCCCUCGGCUGGAUUCUCUAAGUCCUUAGUGUGUGGACAGAUUUCCUGCACUUCCUUUGUAUUUGACUCUUGGGUGAGCCCUGUCUGGAGCAGGUGAAGCCUGGAGGCGUUCACAAGGACACUGGAACCGAAUCGCCAGGCACUUGAGACGCUCAAAUCCACAGGCCAUGUCUCCUUCUUCCCCCAAUCUCCAGUCCUCCAAAACCAUAGAGAGCAGCGCGGGGACAGCUCCUCUCUAUGCUCUACCCCAGUAGAAAGCAGUGAGACAGGCCGUGGGCCAGAGAGGCCGGAAGUGCAGCAGCCCAGGGGCCGCGCUAGUCGCGCUAGCGGUGGAACACCUUGAUUCCGCCGCAGUUUUUCCUCCGCUGGGUCUCGGGUAGAGCAGGUCAGUUCUCGCAGGGCUGAAACCCUGAGGUAUCAGCUAGAGCUGCCGGAGGUUAGUACCUCGGGUCGUGAUUGACAGCCACGCAAACCAAUCAUUGUAGUGUCUGAGAGCUGGCCGUGACCCGGCGCGGGAGAGCGUCCAGGCUUCAGAUGGACCCUGAGAAGGACGAGGAGGGGACGCCGAAACCUGCAGGGCCUCCUUCGAGGAAGAAGUUUGUCAUCCCACUGGACCAGGAUGAAGUGCCUCCGGGGGCUAAGCCCUUAUUCAAAUCCACACGAAGCUUUCCCAACGUGGAAACAUCCGAGACCUCAGCCCAGAGUGCCCCACAGAGCUAUGCCGAGUAUGCCAUCUCUCGGCCCACAGUAGGAGCUGCAGCCACGUGCCACACGGGGUCAGAACCCUUGGCAGGAGAGACCCCCAACCAGGCCCUGAAGCCAGGGGCCAAGUCCAACAGCAUCAUAGUGAGCCCCCGGCAGAGGGGCAACCCUGUGCUGAAGUUUGUGCGCAACGUGCCCUGGGAGUUUGGCGAAGUGAUCCCCGACUAUGUGCUGGGCCAGAGCACCUGUGCCCUCUUCCUCAGUCUCCGCUACCACAACCUGCACCCUGACUACAUCCACGAGCGGCUGCAGAGCCUGGGGAAGAACUUUGCCCUGCGCAUACUGCUGGUCCAGGUAGAUGUGAAAGACCCUCAGCAGGCCCUCAAGGAGCUGGCAAAGAUGUGCAUCUUGGCCGACUGCACACUGAUCCUGGCUUGGAGCCCCGAGGAAGCUGGACGGUACCUGGAGACCUACAAGGCCUAUGAGCAGAAGCCCGCCGACCUCCUGAUGGAGAAGCUGGAACAGAACUUUGUGUCUCGGAUCACUGAAUGUCUGACCACAGUGAAGUCAGUCAACAAAACAGACAGUCAAACACUCUUGUCCACUUUUGGGUCUCUGGAACAGCUCAUGGCAGCAUCACGGCAAGACCUGGCUUUGUGCCCCGGCCUGGGCCCCCAGAAGGCCCGGAGGCUGUUUGAUGUCCUGCAUGAGCCCUUUCUCAAGGUGCCCCGAUGACCCCCACUGCUGGUGUGACAAUAAAGGAUUGUCCAGGGCCAGGA